AGAUGAAGUCACGGUUAUGUGUUUCUGUGAGAAGCGUUACGGUUCUUCUAUGAUCUUUGUUUGGAACUAUUUUCGCUGCUGAAAUGGAACAAAAACAGUCAGUGUCUAAAAUGUAAGUGACUUAGGCCAAUAUUCAUUACUUGUUACGUUCCACGUGUGUUUUUGUAUUUUUCUUUUCUCAUUCAUUUAUAUAUUUUAUUUUGGCAGAUCAGCUCCUCCCACACUGGAAUACAUCAUCAGUAAAGCUCCUCCCAUUGCAAUCACAUCAUCAGUGAAGCUCCUCCCACUGCAAUCACAUCAUCAGUGAAGCUCCUCCCACUGCAAUCACAUCAUCAGUGAAGCUCCUCCCACUGUAAUUCUCCAAGAAAUGCUGUAAAUUCCCAUCAGCUACAAGUGAAGACGAGCAUUAAAGCUUCAGGAAGAGCUGAAAUCUGCCAAGACUGAGUUUAUUAAAGAGGACAGUGAGAACACGAGUGAUCCAGAACCCUGCAGAAUGAAACACACUGAAGAUCCUGAAGAACAAAGAGACCUGAUGGAAGAUAGCGAGGAGAGAGAAGAACUGAGUGAAGAGGAGGAGGAACAUCAUGUCCAACCUGGAGGAAAACCUUUGAGUCGCUCAAAGACUAAAAAGACAUUUUUAAAGAAAAGACGAGCCAAGAAAUCUUUCACCUGCACUCAGUGUGGAAAGAGUCUCACAAGCAAACAAAGUCUUGAGCAUCACAUGAGGAUCCACACCGGAGAGAAGCCGUUCUCAUGUGAUCAGUGCGGGAAGAGCUUCAGUCAAUCAGCAAACCUUAAUCUUCACAUGAGGAUCCACACCGGAGAGAAGCCGUUCUCAUGUGAUCAGUGCGGGAAGAGAUUCAUUCAAUCAGCAAACCUUAAUGUUCACAUGAUGAUCCACACCGGAGAAAAGCUGUUCACAUGUGAUCAAUGCGGAAAAACAUUUCUUAGGUCAUCAGACCUGAAGACACACCUGACAGUUCACACGAAGGAGAAGCCGCAUUCAUGUUCUGUGUGUGGAAAGAGUUUUUCACUGCUGUCUAUUUUACAUAGACAUGAGAAAACUCACACUGGUGUGAGAGAGUACAUGUGCUUUGAGUGUGAGAAGACUUUUACUACAUCGGGCAAUUUAAAACUGCACCAGAGAAUUCACACUGGAGAAAAACCUUACAAGUGUUCACACUGUGAUGAGAGAUUCAGUAUGUCAUCAUCUGUGAAAACACACGAGAGGAUCCACACUGGAGAAAAACCUUACAUGUGUUUACACUGUGACAAGAGAUUCAGUCAGUCAUCAAAUCUGAAAACACAUGAGAGGAUCCACACUGGAGAGAAGCUGCACACUUGUGAUCAGUGCGGGAAGAGAUUCAGUGACUCAUCAUCCCUUAAAAAACACAUGAUAAUCCACAUCGGAGAGAAGACGUUCUCAUGUGAUCAAUGCGGAAAAACAUUUUUUAGGGCAUCAAACCUGAAGACACACCUGACAGUUCAUACGAAGGAGAAGCCGCAUUCAUGUUCUGUGUGUGGAAAGAGUUUUUCACUGCUGCAAUCUUUACACGGACAUCAGAAAAUUCAUACUGGUGUGAGAGAGUACAUGUGCUUUGAGUGUGAGAAGACUUUUACUAGAGCGGACAGUUUAAAAAAGCACCAGAGAAUUCACACUGGAGAAAAACCUUACGAGUGUUCACACUGCGACAAGAGAUUCAGUGUGUCAUCAUCUCUGAAAACACACGAGAGGAUCCACACUGGAGAAAAACCUCACAAGUGUUCACACUGUGACAAGAGAUUCAGUCGAUCAGCACAUCUGAGAUCACAUGAGAGGAUCCACAGCAGAGAGAAGCUGCACACGUGUGAUCAGUGCGGGUCGAGUUUCUCUUUUAAAAGUCACCUGAAGCUACACAUGAAGAUCCAUACAGUGGAGAAACCACGUAAACACAGUCUGAGAUCACGGUAAGUAGUUUAUUUUCAUGUGCUGAGCAACAAAGUCUCUUCUGUGUAAGUUAGCCACACAUCACCCUAUAGCCAAAUCUCUCCUCUCCCCCUAUAGCCGGUGUG